AUGGACAAGGAAGACUUCUUCCGGCAGAAAUCCAAAUCCGCCGAAAUCCAAAUCAAGCGGCUCAACCGAGAAGUCGACUCCCUCAAAACCCAACUUCAGCGCAAGACCAAAACCAUAGACGCACAAGAACGCAGGCUAGACACCCUCGCAGACGCCCUCAAGGAGGCCGAGCAGCGCACCGAGUCCAGCAAGCACCUCAACCAGAAACUACAAAACAGCCAGCACGAGUCGAAGCGGUACCGGACCGCGCUGGCCGCCGCGUUCAAGCUCAUCGACGACUUGAAGGACAAGACGACUAUUGCCGAGCUUCUCGCGCAGACGGACCAGCAGCUCUUGGGCGGCGCGCCGAAGCAAGAACCUGACACAACUGCUGCAGCGUCCCCCGAGGACAGCAGCGACGAGUACUACAUCCGGAAGCCUGUUACGAGGAAGUACCCCGAAGGUGGUAUCGCCACGCCGCGUAGGCCCGUGAAGCGCGAGCGCGAGGGGGACUGGUCAAGUGAAGACAGCGAUGAACGGCCGCUGGCAAAGGCAAGGAAGCUUGACGAUAGGAUCCUUCGCAACAUUACGCCGGAUGAAUAG